AGCGCCAAGCUCGUGUGCUUCCGAGGAUAGUCACUAGUUGUGCCUAGGGCUGUGCUUUGUGCGUACAGACGGAGCCUGGGUGUUCCUGACGGCUGUGACGAAAUAGCAGCACACGGCCUACGGUGUCCGGACUUUGGUGUGUUGUUCUCGCCGCCCAUGACCAUGGCGUCAAGCGGAGAACAGGAUCGUAUAAGUGAUAAUGCGCCCACCGUGCCUGGCUAUGAUCCAUCAAGGCUCGAAGAUAUCCUCGCAUUGCCCCCCGGCCGCACCACCACGCAAUCUGAAGACAGGUGCGAGACGUUCACACAAGAAGUUAUUGCAACGUCUGAGGCAACUGGAGCACCAAUGAUGCAGUCAACUGGUGGCGCCGUCAACAGCCACCAGGAUUCAACUGCGACAACUUCACCAGUCCACCAGAAUUCCACAACUACAACAUCAACACUUCACCACGACGCGUCACAAGCGGAUAGUCGCGACAAUGCUUUCAUCACAGCAGAGGGAAAGGAGGCUGCCGAGGAGCCGGCUGACUACGAGAUUGAUCGCAAGUACAGCUCCGAUACAAGUGACGAACGACCAGGAGCAUUCAACCCUAGAGCCGAAGCAGCGCUUCGCAGGAUCGCGACACAGACAGGGCGAUCCUUCGUGACGCAGCGAAGCCAGAGUUACGCUUCGGCAGCGGCAGGUGAUGAUCUCGAACGCAAAGCAACAGUCGAUCUAGAUUACAACGACGAACAGCUUGACCCAAAGAGCGAGAAAUUCGAUCUCUACAAAUGGACGAAAAAGACACUCCGACUCGUUGACGAGGAGGGCAUCAAGCUGAAACGUGCCGGCAUUGUCUUCAAAGACCUCAAUGUCAGUGGCUCAGGCGCUGCACUGAACCUGCAGAAGGACGUCGGCUCGAUGUUCAUGGCGCCACUGCGUUUUCGCGAAACUUUCAACAUGAAGAAGACUCCGCGUCACAUUCUGCACAACUUCGAUGGUAUCAUGAAGAGUGGAGAAUUGUUGAUUGUCCUCGGACGACCAGGCUCAGGCUGCAGCACUCUGCUCAAAUCGAUGACUGGACAAUUGCAUGGCCUCCAUCUCGACGAUGGCUCGGACAUCAAUUACAAUGGCAUUCCUCAGAAGCAGAUGAUCAAGGAAUUCCAAGGAGAAGUCAUCUACAACCAAGAGGUUGACAAGCACUUCCCGCAUCUCACUGUCGGCGAGACCCUAGAGCAUGCCGCCGCUUUACGAAUGCCGCAAGCCCGACCAGGACAGGUUUCACGACAGGAUGCGGUCAAACACAUCACACAGGUUGUCAUGGCUGUUUUCGGUCUUUCCCACACGUACAACACGAAGGUCGGCAACGAUUUCGUGCGUGGAGUGUCUGGUGGAGAGCGGAAGCGAGUGUCCAUCGCUGAAAUGGCUCUGGCUGGAGCUGCACUGGCCGCUUGGGAUAACUCGACAAGAGGACUCGACUCAGCGACAGCUCUGACAUUCGUCAAGUCGCUGAGACUUGCUGCUGAUAUGGAGGGCUCUGCACAUGCUGUCGCCAUCUACCAAGCUUCACAAGCAAUUUACGAUCUGUUCGAUAAGGCCAUUGUCCUGUACGAAGGUCGCGAAAUCUUCUUCGGCAAGGCAAGCGAGGCGAAAUCGUACUUUGAAGAAAUGGGAUGGUACUGCCCAGCUCGACAGACGACCGGCGACUUCCUUACCAGCGUAACCAACCCCGCCGAGCGACAGACAAGAGAAGGCUUUGAUAAGAGGGUGCCGAGAACGCCAGAAGAGUUUGAGAAGUACUGGAAGAACAGCCCACAGUACAAAGCUCUUCAUCAAGAAAUUGAGGAGUAUCAGGCCAGCCUUGCUGCUAGCGGCGGCGAACUCCAGCAGUUCCGCGACUACAAGAAUCAGGCCCAGGCACAACACGUUCGUCCCAAGUCACCAUACGUCGUCAGCGUCUUUAUGCAGGUCAAGCUCAACACCAAGAGACAAGCCCAGCGAAUCUGGAACGACAAAGCCUCGACCUUCACUCCGAUCAUCUCGAACAUCAUCAUGGCGCUCAUUCUCGGUUCAGUCUUCUAUGGUACGCCAGAUGCGACUGUGGGGUUUCAGUCCAAAGGUGCCACGCUCUUCUUCGCCGUUCUCCUCAACGCCCUCACUGCCAUCUCCGAGAUCAACAGCUUGUACGAUCAGCGCCCCAUUGUGGAAAAGCAUAAAUCUUACGCGUUCUAUCAUCCUGCUACUGAGGCGAUCUCCGGAAUCGUAUUGGACUUACCACUGAAAUUCAUGUUCGCUACUGGUUUCAACAUUAUUCUGUACUUCAUGGCUGGUCUUCGACGAGAACCCGGACAAUUCUUCCUCUUCUUCCUGAUCAACUUCGUGACGAUGUUCGUGAUGGCGGCAGUUUUCCGUACCAUGGCAGCCCUCACGAAGACGAUCUCGCAAGCGAUGGCUCUAUCCGGUGUUCUCAUUCUCGCUAUUGUGGUCUACACUGGUUUCGUGGUGCCUAUUCCAUACAUGAAAGAUUGGUUCGGCUGGAUCAGAUGGAUUAACCCUGUGUUCUACGCCUUUGAGAUCUUGAUUGCCAACGAGUUCCACGGACGACGCUUUCCAUGCUCGCAGCUCGUUCCACAGUACCCAGGUCUUGCAGGAACUGGUCCAAAUUUCAUCUGCGCAACUACUGGAGCUGUUGCUGGCGAAACGUCAGUGUCAGGCGAUGCCUAUAUCCAGGAAAUGUACAACUACUCCUAUUCGCAUGUAUGGCGCAACUUCGGCAUCCUGUUGGGCUUCCUCUUCGCCUUCAUGAUCAUGUACUUCGUUGCGGUCGAGUUGAAUUCCGAGACGACUUCGACCGCGGAGGUCUUGGUUUUCCGCCGCGGCCAAGUUCCUGACUACAUGGAGGGCAUGGCAAAGGGCAAGGCCAACGAUGAGGAGCAGAAGGCACCAGAAAAGGUCGCUAGCCAGGACGAAGAGGGAGCUGGCGAUGUCAAUGUCAUUCCACCUCAAACUGAUAUUUUCACCUGGAAGGACGUGUCGUACGACAUUGAAAUCAAGGGGGAGCCGCGACGACUUUUGGACGAGGUUUCUGGAUUCGUUAAGCCAGGUACUUUGACAGCUCUGAUGGGGACUUCCGGAGCUGGCAAAACCACUCUGCUUGAUGUUCUUGCACAGCGUACGACAAUGGGCGUGGUGACCGGCAACAUGUUUGUGAAUGGAGCACCUUUGGACUCGUCCUUCCAACGAAAGACUGGCUACGUUCAACAGCAAGAUCUCCAUCUCGAAACUUCUACCGUCCGUGAAUCGCUCCGGUUCUCCGCCAUGCUUCGCCAGCCGAAGAGUGUAAGCAAGGAGGAGAAGUAUGCAUAUGUCGAAGAUGUCAUCAAGAUGCUUAACAUGGAAGAUUUUGCCGAAGCUGUCGUCGGUGUACCUGGAGAAGGUUUGAAUGUCGAGCAGCGCAAGCUCUUGACGAUCGGCACGGAAUUGGCGGCCAAACCGAAACUCCUGCUCUUCUUGGACGAGCCUACCUCUGGUCUCGACUCGCAGUCUUCUUGGGCUAUCUGUGCAUUCCUUCGCAAACUUGCCGACAGUGGACAAGCCGUGCUCUGUACUAUCCAUCAGCCUUCCGCUAUCCUCUUCCAGGAAUUCGAACGACUCCUCUUCCUGCGCAAAGGUGGUAAGACAGUUUACUUUGGCGACAUCGGCAAGAACUCGAGAACACUUCUGGACUACUUUGAAGCCAAUGGCGCCCGCAAGUGCGGCGACGACGAGAACCCGGCUGAGUACAUGCUGGAGAUUGUAGGCGAUUUCAGCACCGACUGGUUCCAAAUCUGGAAAGACAGCCAGCAAGCUCGUGGAGUACAAGAAGAGAUCGAACGCAUUCACAAAGACCGCUUCGGCGCAGUGGACUCUGAUGAAGACGAAUCUGCUCACAACGAAUUCGCUAUGCCAUUCAUGACCCAGCUUGCCGAGGUCACGAAGCGUGUCUUUUCUCAAUACUGGCGCAUGCCUUCCUACAUUAUGGCGAAACUUGUCCUGAGUGCUGCUUCCGGUCUCUUCAUUGGCUUCUCUUUCUACCAGGCCGAUGCCACACUCCAGGGCAUGCAAAACGUUAUUUACGGACUUUUCAUGGUAACGACCAUCUUUUCGACACUUGUCCAGCAGAUCAUGCCACUGUUCGUCACCCAGAGAUCCCUCUACGAAGUGCGCGAGCGACCAAGUAAGGCAUACAGCUGGGUCGCCUUUAUCAUCGCCAACAUCGUGGUCGAGAUACCCUACCAGAUCAUCUCGGGUCUGAUCGUCUACGCGACAUUCUACUACCCGAUCGUUGGCAUUCAGAGCUCGGAGCGCCAAGUACUGGUGAUGCUGUUCUGCGUUACUCUCUUCGUGUACGCUGGAACUUUCGCCCACAUGUGUAUUUCGGCUCUUCCUGAUGCACAAACCGCUGGAGCAAUCGUCACAUUCCUCUUCGCCAUGUCGCUCAUCUUCAACGGUGUUAUGCAAGCACCUGAUGCGCUCCCCGGUUUCUGGAUUUUCAUGUACCGGGUAUCGUUCUUCACGUACUGGGUUGCAGGUAUGGCGGCCACAAUGUUACACGCCCGACAAGUGACCUGCUCCGAUGUUGAACUGAGCGUUUUCCAACCACCUUCGGGGCAGACAUGCGGAGAAUACAUGGCUCCAUAUCUGACUCAGGCACCCGGCACCCUGACCAACCCAGAUGCCACCUCUGACUGUGGUUACUGUCAAGUCAGUGUGGCAGACACGUUCCUCGCAGGCGUCAGGAUCGAGUGGGGUGACCGCUGGAGGAACUUUGGCCUGCUCUUCGUGUACAUCUUCUUCAAUAUCGCCGUUGCGGUGCUCUUGUACUACUUCUUCCGGGUGCGAACAAGCAGUAAGAACAGCAAGACGAGCAAAAAGUCGAAGAAGAACAACAAGAAUGAGACAUCUGGCCAGAACAGCGAGACUCGCCCUCAAGGUCCACCAAACGAGGUCGAACCUACCGAGUCUAACGAAGAUGACGACGAGGCAAAUGCCCGCGCCCCAGAAGCGAACCAGGCGAGGAGGAGGAGUAUGGUCAGGACACCAACGUUCACUGGUGUGGCUAGUGACUAUCUCACACACAAUCUUGGCCGAGUGCAUACGAACAAGAGGAAUGCUGCUAUUUAUUAGCGCUUACGAUUCAUGAUGGAUAUAUAGAACAUUUUACGAAACUUAGCAAGCAUAAUCAAGCAACAUUUAC